AUUGUGUGGAGCCGCGCGCGCGCUCCCUCUUUAAAUGCCGCCUCGUGUUUAAUAGCUGUGCUCGCACAGCAGUGUGUAUAACUCGAAGUACCUACCCUCCUCCCCUCAAAUCUCCCCAGGUCUCUUCGACUCCGCCAGCAAUAGGGCACGAUGGAUCAAGGAUCAACAAAGGGAACAUGCUUCGCUUGUAGGUUGCGACGAAAAUCAUGCUCCUCUGCAUACAGUAGACAGUAUCCUUGCCGCGAGUGCCCUACAUCGAGGAUUGUUUGUAAAAGUUGGCAGCCCAUUCCCACUGGCGAUAGCCGGGUGGUAACCAAUGUUCGUAAUGAAAUAAGAUCGUGGAUAGCAAGCAGACAGGCGCAAGGCCUGCUGGACGAUCCGGACGAUCCGGACGAUCCUCACGAUCCUCCAAUGUUGGAUUUGACCGAUAUUUUCCAGCAGUAUAUGCAUGAUGCUCCUGACGACAAGCUACUGCUCGUCCGUCUCCCGGCAUCCCGCUCUUCUCCGCUAUCCCCUUAUGAAGCCGACGGGCCACCGGAUGCCUCAGGCGGUGACGCCGGCCACCCUGUGAUGCCAGAGCGUUUCUACCCUCGCUCUGCGCCGCAUGCCGAAAACCCAGCUAUUAACCCUCCACCGACUUUGCACGGCAUUCCUCGGGCACCCACUUCCACUUCUACUUGAAAAAGGUCACUUGAGCACUCCUGGCAAGGCAGCUCUGAUUCGAGUGGAGACGAGGGGGGACCGGCCAAAACAACUCGGGGCGGCCCAAUCUCCCCUAGUCUGAAUCAUGCUGCGCCUGUGCACGAUGAGUUGACGGUGUUUGACUGCCAUAAUCUCGCCCAACAAAUCUCCUCAAUGCAGCAAGUCGACAAAGGGGGGUAUUCGCUUGUCUACCUGGGCACAUGGAUGUCAGAUUCCCCGGGCACUCGAACCCAGGAUGUUGCCGUGAAGGUGCUCCAUUUAGUAUCCUGUGCAGAACAUUCGAA